AUGCCUUAUCGCAUUGAAACUGCUCGCCAAGGCCGAGCUGGCUGCAAGAGCCCGGAGUGUAUUAAGAAGCAGGUCAAGAUUGCCAAGGGCGAACUCCGCAUUGGUACCUGGAUCGAUGGUCAGAGCUUCCAAAGCUGGGCCUGGCGCCACUGGGGCUGCUUGACUCCCAAGAUGAUCGAGAACAUUAAGAAUUCUCUUUCUGAUGAGAACGAUACCUCCGAGCUCGAUGGCUACGAGGAGCUUGAUGUCGACGACCGGGCCAGGAUUGACAGGGCCCUUAAGAAUGGCCACGUUGACGAUGAGGAAUGGAAUGGCGACGUUGAAUUCAACCGACCUGGAAAGACGGGCAUGCGUCCUCGUGCUACCAAGGCCAAUGCUAAGACUGAGGAGUCAAAGGAAUCCGAGGAGUCAUCUUCUGUUGUCAAGCAUGAGCUCUCUGACGCUGAGGGUGCUGAGGACCAGCCCAAGAAGAAGCGUGCUCGCGCCAAGAAGGCCACAGACAACGACACUGCUAUUUCGGAUGCUGCCGUCACUGAGAUUGCCACCGCUGAGAGCGAGCCCAAGGCGUCUAAGAAGCGUGGUCGCCCUGCCAAGAAGGCGUCCGAGGAUGAGUCCAUUGAUACCACUUCUGAGGUGAAGGCUGAGAAAGUUGCCCGUGGCAAGAAGCGUACCCAGGAUGAGGUUGACGCUGCUAAUGCGGAGCCCAAGUCGCAGCUCCGACGAUCUCUUCGAAACCGCAAGACCACUGCUACCAAUGCUGACGGCGAAUCCGAGGAGGAACACAAGAAAGAGACGGCUCCUCAGAAGAAGCUUAAAAUUACCUUUUCUGCCGCUACCAAGGAAACCAAGAAACGUGCCACUGGCGGUAAGAAGGUUGCUGACAAGGAUUCCGACGAGGAACUCAAGAAAGAGACGGCUCCUCAGAAGAAGCUUAAGAUUACCUUUUCUGCCGCUACCAAGGAAACCAAGAAACGUGCCACUGGGGGUAAGAAGGUUUCUGACAAGGGUGCUUCUGCCGCUGAGAAGGAGGGCGAACCCGCCAGUAAGAAGGCGGCUGUUCCUGCCGACGCGUCCAAGAAGCGCUCUCCCCCACGAAGAAAUGCCAUUACUAACGGCAAGACCGCGAAACGUGCCAAUGGUACGAAGGCUGCCAACGGGUCAAAGAUCAAGAAAGGGCCGAAAGGCGUCAAGGAGGAGCAGCCCGCUGAGGCCACGGAGAAGCCAAAGCGCACCCGCGGCGCCAAGAGUGUCAAGGAGACCGCCGAUGCUCCCGACAAGAAGGCCAAGGCCACCCGCAACCGCAAGGCCGCUGCCACUGAGCCCGCUGAGGAGCUGACCAAGAAGGGCAACAAGGAGACCGCGAAGAAGACCCCUGAGGGCACCGAUGCCGGCAAGGGGAAGCCCAAGCGUGAUCGCAAGGCUGCUGCCGCGAAGGAGUCUUCUGAGGGCUCUGAGGACAAGUCCGCGGGCAGCGCUGAUGACAAGCCCCAGAACGGACAAAAGGAGGAUUCUCCUUGA